AUGGACGCCUCUAAGAUCAUCGCUGUCAUCAUUGCCCUUCUCUUGCCUCCUCUUGCUGUUUUUAUGGAACGCGGUGCCGGCAGAGACCUGUUGAUCAACAUCAUUCUGUGUAUUUUUGUUUGGUUCCCUGGUAUGCUGCAUGCCCUCUACGUCGUAUGUGCCCUUUAG